CGCCAAGGUGCCCUGCAAAGGCGGCCAGAAUUCUGCCAUUUGCAGCUUCAGACCGCGUCUGCACCUCGACCAAGCCGCGACUACAGCGCCAGCCCCGUCAAUAGUCCCCCAAGAACGGCACACGGGGCUAAGAUGGCAUCAAGAGACUUUGAAACACUCUACAAGGAGACGCGACUCAAUCUCGAACCCGCGUCGCAAUCGCUGACGAUCCAGGUCCGUGUCGCACCACAGAACGCCUAUGGGCGAUCGAGCUCAAAUCGGGGCGGCGCCUCGGCCGACGACGAGAAGGGAUACCGAUCGAGAAGUUUGGCGACAGCGUCUUCCAUUUACUACCGGAACCACGGUCACUCUCCACGAUCCUUCUUGUGGCGAGUCCUAGAAAACGGGACCGUCCUCAGCCUUCGCGUGGCCGAUGUUCGCAAACAAGAGAAGGAGGCGGAUGCGCCGUUGAUUUUAAAUCUCAGAUUUCCGGUCGCGAUUAGGACACCCUGCAUUGGCUUUGGCGAUUACCCAGACAACGAUUUGCUCUGCGUCUAUGUCAUCGAUCACUCCAAGCAGCUGUGGUCGCUCACACUGCGACCGGAUCACUUCCGGAAAAGGAUCGCGACCGACGGGGGGCUGGGCGAUGCUUGCAAGUCGUACUCACCACCAGGAUUUGGGUUCAAGCACCCGCAUAGAUUGGCAGUCGUCAACCCGGAUCAGUUGAUAGUUACCAUGCAUGAUGGUGGCAUCCUGAGACUCGACAGGAACAGAUCCUCUGACACAAACGGAGGCACAUGGAGAGAAACUAUCUACAAUGUCGCGGGAUGGGGCCAGAGUCUCCGGGGAUUGGUCCCUUUCCAACGAAACCCGACGGUCAGAUACGACAAGAUCAACAUGGAGUUGACGGCCGCCGCUUCUACAGCAGUUACGGCAAUGGGCCACUCCGGGACUGCGUUCCUAUUCACCAUAUGUCUCGAUCACCGGAUGAGAGUAUGGGAUGUGGGUACAGGCCAGAUCCUGUACACCGGCGACAUCUUGAAUGCGAUGCGCGACCCACAAGACGUUGGAAAGUGGACCGUUGAUCCAUCACAGGGCAAUUUGAUCCGGAUAAUGGAGAACGGCCGCGGCCAAUGCUUGGUGGUAACAUACUCACCCGUCGGGGCCGGCGAAUUCAAGUUCUGGAAGGUAAAGGCGAACGACCAGGGUUCGCUUCACGUGGCGGAUUGCUUUCCGGACGCCCAUUUGAUCCCGCCGAGCCCGUCGUCUCUGGAUGUGUGGAUCCUCGCGGAUUUCGCGGUGACCCAGCAGCCGGAAGGACCAGAGCUGUGGACGAUGUGGAAGAACAACACCAGCUACCGCGUGUACAGGCUGCAGGUGCGGCCCGAGGACGGGACGAGCCCUUUUGAUGAUGGUUGGAAGGCGGUCCACGUUGAGAACACGGUACCGGCGGUGCGCGCGUCUGGACCUUGGAACCCGACAGACUCGGCUGAGAAAUGGCUUGAUCUCAUCUUCUUCCCUGGCCGCUUCUCCAAGUCGACGCUCGAAACGGCGCUGGCGAUGUACGAGAAAGGGCUGGGAACCUACAAGGAGACGGGCUCGAAAACGAGCAGAAGUCUUGCAGAAUCCAUAUGCUCCGUGCUGGGGUCCACCACGACACUGGACCGGAGCUCAACAGGGGUUGCGGAUUACGAUCAAUUCAGGAACACGAGCGAGACGCAGUGGAUGCGCUUCUGGCGCCUCCUGCUCGAGCUCGAUAAACAACGGGGCGAGGCGCUUUCGUUGGUUUUCGACCCCGUGGAUGGUAUGAUCUGGGUGGCCUGCGCCGACCUGGUUGCUGCCGUGAGGCAGUGCAGUGACCUGGACCGCGUUUACCACAACCUUCACUCCCUCGAGAAAAAGAACGAGGACGUUGCCGCCCUGAUAUCUGCCGGUCUAACCUUCGUCGACAGUUUCUCGGACAGCAUGUACCAGCUGAGCAGGUCUGCCCUGAGAGCCGAGCUAUACGAUAAUCCGACCCUCUCCGAUAGCGAACGCAUGCAGCUCUUCUUGGACCGCGCCGGGUUCUGGCCUUCGGUUACGGACGAAGACUGUGCCCAAGUUAUGGACACUCUUGGCCAAAACUACCAAAUGGUGACGGCGCGGCUCUACGAGGAUCUGUUUGACCUCAUUACUGCUACAAGCGAGGCGAACUCACAGGAGCUCCGGGAGCCAUUCACGGGCUUUGGCCGCAAACUCGUUGUCCGUGCUGUGCAGGAGACCAUCGAGCUUCAUUGGCAGAUCCUCUUCAGCCAGCUCAUUCUCCUUGUGCACAUGGAGUUCGACAUCGAGAGCGAGGACGCGUCCCCUCUUCACUCGCGGUUUGAGGUCGGCUUAGUCUACCGCCGCCUUAUUGAGGCGCUCCGAAGACUCGAGCACUUGAGAUGGAUGGCAAAGACGGAGCUCAGCUUUUCAGCACCAAAGUCGGGGGCCUCGGGCUCCUCUUCGCCCGUGUUAACCAAGCGCGGCCAAGACGAGAACAAUACCAAGACGGCUCUGGAGGGGCUGACUGGGCAUCUCUUCGGGCUCCCGGAGAGCAACAAUGUGCCGCUCCUUUCCAGCAUCACAGACCUCGUCCUGGACCUCUGCGCUCCCAGUAGCACAACUGUCAUUCACACAUGGCUGCUUCAGUGCUCUCUUUUAAAGCACGACCGGCCGGACCUCGCGCUGGAGCUGCACCCCUUUGCCGACCAAGAUGCCUUUUCCACCUACGUUCAAGGCCGCGUAUUCCUCGCGCUCAGGGAUUACGACACGGCUUCCCUCUACUUCAAGAAGGCGGCCAUCGGCCUGAGCAUUCCGACCAAACACUUUGACAGACACAGCGCAGGACUUCUGGAUGAUACCGAAUGGAAUCUCCUGCACAGUGGUCUUCCAAAUUACUACGUGCACAUCGUCAGCCUCUACGACCGACAAAAGGCUUACUCCCACGUCAUAGAGUUCGCCCGCCUCGCGUUGCAGUUUGUUCGACAAGGUGGCAGCAGCACCAAUCACGAAACCGCAGGCCUCAGGACCGAAAUGCUCAGUCGCCUCUUCACCGCGGCCACUUCCAUAUCGCACUUUGAAGAAGCUCACUCGGCGCUUCUUUCCAUGGACGACGAGGCCAUGCAGAAAUCCUACUUGCGCCGGCUCGUCGAGAAAAUGUGCGAGACGGGCCAGAGUUCCGAGCUGAUCACGCUGCCCUUCUCCGGUCUGCAGACCAAGGUUGACGAUAUUCUCGUCGAAAAGUGCCGAGCCACGCGCGACGUGCUCAACGGCGUGCCGUACCACCAGAUCCUCUACGCCUGGCGCAUCAACCACAACGACUACCGCGGGGGUGCCGCUAUCCUCCUCGACCGGCUGCAAAAGCUGCGCCGUGCUGGCGAGGGAGACAAAGUCAUCGCCAACGAGCAUGGAAACGAGGACGCUCUGGACACGCAAGUCACGAGACAGUACCUGCUGCUAAUCAACGCACUGAGCUGUGUCCCGCCACAGGAGGCGUACAUCCUGGAAGAUGUACUCCCCGGCGACGGCCGAGGAGGCGAUGAUGCAGACGGCGAUCGAAACGGCGGCAAGGCAGGGGAUGAUUUGGAGGCAGACAUAGAUGAGCUCGAGAAGAAGCUUGACGUGGAAGGGGGCGCGGACGCAGCCAAGGGUGACGAGAUGGCGGCCGAGGAAGAUGCGGCGCUGAUCGAGAAGAUGAAGAGGUUCUCGACGCGGAAUGGGCAGAAUUUGCCGGCCAGGCGGUUGCUCAUGCUUGCGGACCUGCGGAAGCAGUACCAACAGGAGCUGGACAGGAUCGUGGCAAUCCAGAACAACCAGUUCGGAUUCGGCGCGGAGGACGAUCUUAUGGACUUGGCCUGAAGGAUUGGCUUGUGACAGCAACGGAGAGAGUAGGGAAGAUGGUGGAAGGUGAAGGGAAUGGGUACGAUUCUGUAAUGAUAUUAGUCUAGGGGCUCGGCGUCCCGCAAACAAGAUGGGUAUAUCCUGAUGAUGCUUGGUGCGGUGAAGAUGAACUGGGUAUGUUUCACGUAGAGAUUAUCUCGGGAGUGGAGGG